AUGGCCGACUCUAACUCUACCGAUCUCAAUGUCCUUCGCGAUUCCGAAAAGCUCAGUCUAAGUGACUCAUCACCGGCUCCGCAGGAAGUGCGACACAUCACUGGCUUCAAGUGGUUCAUAUUUUUAGCUAGUACGCUGACGGCCAUCUUCGUCUACGCCCUGGACAAUACAAUUGUUGCCAACAUUGCUCCUGAAAUUGUCAACCAAUUCCACGCGGUCGAAGAUUUGCCAUGGCUGUCGGUGGGCUUCGUGAUCGGGGGAAUGGCAAUGAUAUUGCCAUUUGGCAAGCUCUACACGCUUUUCGAUGCCAAAUGGGUGUUUAUAGUAUGCACCGUGAUAUUCAUGGCAGGCUCUGCACUCUGUGGCGGGGCGCCCACAAUGAAUGCCGAGAUCGUCGGGCGAGUCAUAGCUGGUGCAGGCGGCAACGGAAUGUACUUCGGCCUGAUGGCUUUGGUUUCCAUGAACACCACCAGCCAGGAACGGCCAAAAUACCUGAGUUUGAGUGGUUUAGUCUGGGGCCUUGGGACGGUCCUAGGUCCUGUUGUCGGCGGCGGCUUUGAGCUAUAUAAUUGGCGCUGGGCAUUCUAUAUCAACCUACUGUUUGGAGCAAUUUUGCUUCCAACGUAUCUGUUUGUCAUCCCAUCGAAUGACCCGGCACCAGGGACCUCGCGAUUGCAGAAAUUAGCCAGCUUCGACUGGGUGGGCUCCGUGCUCUGUAUCGGAGCAAUCGUCACUCUGGUUAUGGGCGUCAACUUCGGCGGAACCCUCUAUGCAUGGAACAGCGGGCAGAUAAUUGCGUUGUUCGUUGUAUCUGGAGUUUUGUGGAUUAUCUUCGGCCUCCAACAAGGCUUCACUAUCGCCACCUCGGUCGAGACACGCAUCUUACCAAUCCACCUCUUCGCCCAAAAGGAGCCAGUCCUACUCUUUAUCUCUUGUGCGACAGUGGGAGCCGUGUGCUACAUCAGUGUCUAUUAUAUCCCCAUUUAUUUCCAGUUCACGCAGGGAGAUAACGCGAUCAGAUCUGCCGUCCGCCUACUCCCGUUCAUAUUCCUUCUCAUCACUACUAUCCCGACUAGUGGGGCGAUGAUGUCCUAUUUCGGCUACUAUAAGCCCUGGUAUAUUGGCGGCAGCCUAAUUGCCCUGAUCCCUGCUGUUUUGAUGUCUACCAUUAUACAUGUAGACAGCUCAGCAGGAGUGAUGUAUGGCCUUCAAGUCUUGCUCGGGUUCGGAGCUGGCGCCAACACCCAAGCUUCUUUUGCGGUCAUUCAGGCUGUUGUAGCCCCAGCUGAUGCGCCUAACGGGCUGAGCCUCAUGUUACUGGCCCAAGUAGGCGGCAUGGCACUGGGCGUAUCUAUUAGCGGCGCUAUAUUUGUCAAUGUCGCGUCGAAAAACCUAUAUGCCCUGCUUCCAGACUACCCGCAAUCCCAAGUCAGCCAGAUCGUGUCCGGAACCAGCAGUCAACUGCUCUCGUCUCUGUCCGAAAAGCUGCGUGAUCAGGCGCUUGUGAUUAUUGUCUCCGCAUGGCACAACACUUUCAUUUGCGUGUAUGUUGCCGCUGCUGUGAGCUUGGUAUGCUCGGUCUUCUUAUCGCAUAAACGGUGUAACGUCUCCGCCGCCGCGGGUGGUGCGUGA